GUGAAAGCUGAACAUCCUUAGUCACCAUCAUGGGUGACCAGAAGGAAAGCCCAGGAUGGUCAACCCUAACCUCUGUGGUCAAUUUUUUAAGAUGGGCAGUUACCAGCAGUCAAAUCCUUAUCUCCAUCACUCCAUCAAAUACAAGCUGAAACACAUCUCAACGAAGAUGUUCCAGGCUGAAUUUGGAAAAGAUCCUAAAAGAAAACUACAACUCCCAGCGUCCCACGGUGUCACACAACAACAAACGAGAGGGAGGCAGCAGCUGGGAGAGAAGGAGACAGACUGACUGUGCAAAGAGAGGCAAAGAGAGAGAGAGAGACUGGGAGAGUUUUGCUUCCACACCGGUGGAGGUUUUCUCCGCUGCAGAGGAGCAGAGCUGACGGACAGGAUUCCGCUCAAAAUGGCUAAAAACCAGGAAGUGGAGCGCAUCGCCAAAAAGCUGGAUAAAAUGGUGCACAAGAAGAAUACGGAAGGUGCUCUCGACAUGUUGAGGGAACUGAAGAACAUCAAGAUGUCUCUGGAGACCCUGCAGUCCACCAGAGUCGGGAUGUCAGUGAACGCGGUGAGGAAACAGAGCUCAGAUGAAGAGGUUCAGACUCUGGCCAAAGCUCUCAUCAAGUCCUGGAAGAAACUGCUGGAUGGAUCAGAGGGGAAGUCGGAGGAGAAGAAGGGGGAAGGCUCUCCUGUGAGGUCAUCAUCCACUUCCAAAGACUGUGACAGCGAAAAAAGCAGUAAGAAGUCUGGGGAGACCCCCACCACCCCAACCUCUCCCACCCUUCCCGCUCGGGUCACCUCCUUCCCCCCCGCCCCCGUCACCACCGACAGCGUACGGAACAAGUGUCGAGAGCUGCUGGUGGCCGCGCUGCAGACCGACGAUGACCACAAGACCAUUGGAGUUGACUGCGAGCACCUUGCAGCACAAAUUGAAGAACAGAUCUUCCAGGAGUUUAAGUCUACAGACAUGAAGUAUAAAAGUCGUCUACGAAGCCGCAUCUCAAACCUGAAGGACCAGAAGAAUCCCGACCUGCGGCGCAACGUCCUGUGUGGAAACAUCUCGCCUCAACGCAUCGCCAGCAUGACGGCAGAGGAGAUGGCGAGUGCAGAGCUAAAGCAGAUAAGAGAGGCUUUGACCAAAGAGUCCAUCAGAGAACAUCAGUUGUCGAAGGUCGGAGGAAGUGAGACGGACAUGUUCAUCUGCAACAAGUGUCACGGAAAGAGCUGCACGUACACACAGGUGCAGACACGCAGCGCUGAUGAGCCCAUGACGACCUUUGUGUUGUGUAAUAGCUGUGGCAACCGAUGGAAGUUAUGGAGGGAAAAUUGUCAGUAACAAACGUUCACCACAAGAUGGCAGCAGAGACUGCGCUUCAGUUUCCUCCUCUUCCUCACAGCCCUGCCUCUACUCACCUUCAGUCAGAACUUCUGCUUCCUCUUCAUGCCUUUCUCACUCUUUCUAUAUGUAUUUUUAUGUCUAUUUCUUUCCUUCUUUGUCUCCAUCUUCUUCUUUUCGUCUUUUCUUUCUCUUAUACGUCUCAGCUCUCGUCCUUCCACUCCCUCUUCUCUUGUUUACAUCUUACACCUCAUUCGUUGUCCUUUUCACCCUCCUCCCUACUUCUUAUCCUUUUCCUCUCUGUGUUUACUCCUCCUUCCUUCUCCACGCAGUUUUUCUGGUUCCUCCCACCCUUAUUUAGCUCCUGGCUCUAGGUCAAGGUGAAGCAACUAAUUUGCGAAGCUGAUGGUGUGUGGGUAAUCUGUUUUGUUAGUUCAACACUCUUAGACACUUGAGAGAAUGAAAAAUUGUGGUGGGCUUCAGCAUUGUGAACCGAAAUGAAUAAUUCUAAUAAAGCUACAUUAAUUUUUAUGACCUUUUUAACUUUAGGAGUUCUCAUCUUUUCAAACAAGGCUGUUUUUUUGUUUUUUCUCAUGAUCUCAUGAGUGAUGAUGUUUUUUUAUUUAUUUUUUUUUUUGGUUUACAUUUUGGAGAUGCAAAGGUUUAACACAACAAACAAACAAAACACACGAAAGGCCCCUUUUUAUUCAGCUUUAAAGCAAUUAAUGAGCAAAUUUAUGGUAAAACAUUUAAAGAUUCAAGUUACCAGAGCUAAGGUGCUUAAUCUAUUGUAAAUUUAAAGCUGCACUGAUUUUUCUUUUUAUUUAUUUUCUUUUCUUUAUCUUGGUCAGUUGAGGGCAGUGGAACAACCUGAAAACAGAACACUAACAUACAGGAUAUCCACCUUAUUAUGAUGUUUAUGUGAAUGUGUUCACCUGAUGAAUGUAUGUUCAAUUUUCACUCUUUUUCGCUCUGUUUUGGUCUCCACCAACUCCAGAGAGAAACAUUUGGCUCUUUAUCUGCUAUAUGUUCCACUUUCUUCACCACUAGUCUCACGUCUUUCUGUCUGGUUUUUGGAGCUGAGCAUGGAGCGUAGAGUGGGUUUAUCAGAGUUUGUUAGAUGUAAGCAGCUCUCUGAGGAUGGGGCUGAUGAGGACGCUGUGACUGAACCAAACAUUGUAUGUGCCAUGAAACCGAAACAAGCUCAGUAGACCGGCAGAGUUGGUGAAUUCAUCACUACAAGCAACAUCUUUCACAUUCCAAAUUUACUCGAUCCAUUGUUAAUAUAUGGAAUUAUGGAUUAGUGCAAUUUUAAUCUUGGCAAAUGCUAUAAGUUUGGCAAUUAUUAUAUAAAUAUUUUAGGUAAAAUGUGUAAAACAAAGAUGGUUCAUCCCACCUCAGCUCCACUCAGGCUCAGCAGCUUUCUACCUCUAGUAGCUGAAAACUGGAGGCAAGAAAUACAAGUUAAAGGUACCAUGUGGAGUUUUUUUUUUUUUUUUCCAAUACUACUAACAAGCCUAUGGAGCAACGUUUUUAACAAUUGGACCACCAUUUGUUUGUUUCAUGUGUAUGCCCAUUUAUAUCACGCAUUUACAUAUUGGUCAGUGCAAGAAAAUUGGCACAGUGGUUCACAACCUGCUGCUGGUUUCCUGCUAAUCUGCUAAUUAAAGAUUCAACACGUUUGGAUAUACACCUGAAGGAUGCAAAUGAUUACAAAGAGUUUGGUGAGUAAAACUGAAUUUAAACAUAACUGUCUGUUUAAGAGAAAACUCCACAGGGCACCUUUAACUCUAGGGUUUUAGCAUUUUUAAGUUGUUGAGAAGUGAAAGUUUUUACUGAUCCAACUUUUCAAGAGUUUAAUCACAGUCUUUCUUUCUGUCUUUCAGUUCUGUUGAAGAGGAUGUGUGUAUAUUAUUCCAUCAUGAAGCAAACUAAAGUGAAUUGAAUUUGGAUUUAAAAAAUGAGUUUAGUUUCUUUUUUUAUUUUCGUAUAAUUUCUUUAUAAAUACAUAUAUAUAUCUAUAUAUAUAUAGAUAUAUAUAUAUAUAUAUAGAUAUAUAUAAAACUAAAAGCUGUAAUAUAUUUGGAGAAAAAUAUGCCAGUUCAUGUUGUCUAUUGGUUUCAUUUGUUUUGUAUUGGAACACUUAGAGUUUAUUUCUUAUGCUAGAUGAAGCUUUAAGCCAAAUUUAAAUCACAUUUAUGCCUUGUGGAAACAGUGGAUGUGCCUUUCUUUGCCAUGUUUGCUGCCACAUAUUUUGCCCUUUACAUUUCUAUUAAAGUUGCUCUUGGAUGAAGAACCAAU